CAACCCCAACUGUGGAUUUAUACACAGUGAUCAGCAGCAGCAGCACAUCACCUCCCGGGUAGGAAUAGCAGGAGAGCACUCCCACCAUCCACAAUGGCUUUUUGUGGGAAGUUGCCCUACAUUUUGGUCAUUUGGGCUUGUCUUGAUGGACUUGCCACUUUCCAGCAAGAUGCUACUCCAGGUUUGGCGCAAAGGAAACCGUUUUUCGAGCGGUUUCGACGACUCGAGGAGCAGUUUCGCAGAUUCCAAGAGCUCAGUCUGACCCAGUUGCAAGGCAUCGCUGAGAAAUUCAACAUCUCUUCGAAUAUAGAAGCACGUUUUCGGACGCUAACGGAUCAAUACGACAAUCUCAGCGCUGUCAUUGACCGGUUCCACACCAGUGAGGAAGAUGACCUCAAGGGGUUGAAGAUGUGGAUGAAGAAAUUGCAGAAGAAAAGCAAAAACAUCGACCUGAAAAUGUCAACUUUGGAGAAAAUCUUCAACGAGCGAAGAAAGCAGGUAGCGAAACACAAGAAGGUUGAGGAUUUGGUCAUAGCCAACCUGACCACAGAGGCAAAGGUCCAGAGAAGUGAAAUCAGUUCCCUGGUUGGUGGCAGGAACAAGCUCCAGAAGGAGAUAGACACCCUGCGGGAAGAGGUGAAGGACCAAGGGAUUAAAAUGGCCAAGUUUGAGGAACAGAUGGAAAGCACCUUGCAGAACGAUGCUCUCGCAGCAAAGCCAAGCUCAUCCCAUUUAGUACCAGCCACAUCAACACCAUUGCAUCUACUGAGAUCCCUCAAUGAGGCACCACGCAGUAGACAUCGCUUCUCCAAUAAAGAAGGGACAAUUUGCAAUGUGGAUUCCAUGCUGUACUUCCCCACACCAUCUACUGACAACUAUGUAAGGUUUGGCAAAGGCUUUUCGAGUGGGCUGUUUGAAAUGACCAUCUGCACUUGGCUCAAUACACCUUCAGACUAUUUGGGAACCAUCCUAUCCUAUGCCACAGAGGACAACGACAACAAAUUGGUGCUCCACGGCAGAAAUGCAAGCAAGCAGAGCACCAUACACUUUGUCAUCGGAGACCCAGCUUUCCGGGAACUCCCUGUGGUGUCUCUCUUAGACGGCCGCUGGCAUCACAUUUGCAUUAUCUGGUCUUCCAUUGAAGGGAAGUACUGGUAUUACAUUGACAGGCGUCUGACAGCAGCUGGAUCCAAAUUCCAGAAGGGCUACGAGAUCCCAACUGGUGGGACACUGGUGGUGGGUCAGGAGCAGGAUAACAUGGGAGGAGGCUUUGAUGAAACCGAAUCCUUCGUGGGGGUUCUGGCUGGAUUCACUGUUUGGAACCGCGCCUUGUCUCCGGGAGAGAUCUCAAGCAUCGCCACAGGAAAGACGUUACCCAGAGGCAAGAUUUUAACCUUUGGUGAUAUUUCCACUCUGAGCGGCACUGUCCAGCAUGUCAAUUGUACUUGCCUCGAUCGCUGCUGGUGAAAGCAACACAUUGGAUGGGGACUCUUUGAUAUUUUAUUCUUUGUGCCACGAUUGAUUGCAAUGCACACACAUAUUCUUUGGCAGCUUCUGCAUUUUGCUAGAUGGACAUUUAAAGGUGCUGUGUUUAAGUCUACGGAGUUUGCAUUUAAUUUCAAGAUCACCUUUUUUCCAAAAAGCUACACUUAGGUAACGAUCCCUGAUUUCGGAAGAGAUUGCGAGAAAACAACACGCAAAAGAUGAAAAGGGUGAAAUGAUUCCAACAUAUAUAUUUCUUACCUUUAUAGAAUAUAAUUUUGGAAUAGUACAAAACCACAAAGACUGCAACGGGUGAAAAGACUGAAAUAGUUUUGCAAGGUCGAUUUUUGUGCAAUGUAUUGUUGUACUCAUUUAAUUUAUGAAUGACAAGUUCAUAACUUUGCAUAUUGUUACUUAAUAUUAGUGAUGUAUUUUAGGGCUUAUUUCUUGUGAAGCCUCAACUAGGCUUCCUGUGAAGUGUUCUCUUUUGCUGAGACGAUGUAUUAAUUCCGAUCGUGGCUUUUAUUUUUGCUAAAAACGUUUAUUCUCAGAGAGAAGCAAUCUGAGCUAAUUUUUGGCUAAGAUACGACCAAUGUCAUGCGAAAACGCCCUGGAUCUCACCAAUUGAAUUUAGAGUGCAUUCUCUAGACACAAGACUCUUUACGUUACAAGCAGAAUCAUU